UGAGGUAUUGUUUCGCCAUAUAAGGUCGGGGAGGGUAGGGUCAAAAAAAUACACUGGAAUUUGGGACCGUUGCUGCAAAUGCUGGGGUGACUUUGGGGGAGGUUUUGAAAUGAAUAAGCUGACACACUUUGACAGACAUUAUAUCAUAGUUUUACGCCAACACAAAGAUCAUUUAAAAAUCAUUUUUGUUUGCAUAAGACUUUUGCAUAAUACAGUGUAUACAUGAGAAUAUAUUACCUAUAUAAGGAUUAUUGGAAAUGAUACACUAGAUCCAGUAACGGUGUAAAUGAAUGCAGGAAGUGGUUUUCAAAGUGGCCAUUGGAGUCAGGCUCCAAUGUAGCUGACAGGAAAUGAAGCAGCGUUCAGCAGCAAACAGGAAAAAGCCAUAUCUACCUACAGACCUUUCUUAAGGACCGAUUGUUUUUAGUUUCUCUCACAAUCAUAUGAAAUAUGUUCCUCUUGUGAAAGUCCUGACUAGAAUUAAGUAGCUUUUACAGAACAGCUACUAAAUAUUUUUGAUAAGAAAAAUCAGUGGAGGCACAGAGGAUUUGAGCGUUUGGAUUAUAAGUCACGUAACAAAAAACUGAUACUGAUUAAGGAGUGGAAACCUUAAUGUUUGAUCUUGGCCAGAAGAGAGAAGUAUUACAUUGUGACAACACACCUGAAAAACGUCAGGUAAUCGAUAGCUCCCAUGAAAAAACAAAAAAAACUAUUAUUAUGCUUCAAGAAAUUCCACAAAUGAUUGUUAAUGUCACCAGCAUGUAGCAGAGUCUGCGGUUUUCUGGGUGUUUUUGCACAAUCGGCUCCCCUCCGUUUUACUACGUAUAAGCGCGAGAUACUUUAAACUGAUUGGCUGUCAUAUUGUUGUCAUAGCAAAGUAGACUUCCUGUGUGGUAGCUGACGAAAGGUAGACUGGCUCAAGUGCAGAGGCACAAUUUUAAAAGUAUAAUCUUCUGAUAAAAAACAUAAAACAAGGGAGGAGGAAGGUCACGCCAAAGUGACCUUCGCUUGGAAGGAAUUACCCAGAAGGUUAAGUUACUGAAAGGAGGAAAAAUAUGUUUAGAGGUUAAAGAGGAAGAGGGAGUGAAAAAAACACACUUUGAAGAAAGAAGAAAGACAUCAAGGCAGAGCAAUAGGACGCUCUUGCUUUGGAGGACGAGGCACGAGUGUGAAUCAAAAAGCCAUAAAUGGGCACUAAUAAGGAAUCAGACAUGGAGCAGACAUCACCCAAGAUGCAAGAGGAGACACGGUCCUCCGGGAUGGACCAAGCGGCUGACCUGCAGCCGGAUCCCCCCGAGGACCCCGACCUCCUGAACACUUAUAAGUGGCACACGGGCUCCAAAGGGGACGUGGGGGGGUCAGCCUCGCUCGAGAGGCCUGAGAAAAGCGGCGCCACCAAGUGGAGAAAGAUGCAGGGCUGGCGCAAAGCCCUGAGCGAGGACGCCGCUGAGAAACGGGAGCCUGCAGAGAACGCUAAGCCGGGCAAGACCACCCCCGUCCGCAAGAACCCCUUCCGCAGGGCCCUCUCGGAGCCCCCUGGGGCCUUACUUGCUACUGUCCUGAACCCCACCUCCAGCCAACUGGUGACCAGCCCCACCUCCGCAGAGAGCCCUGGCUCCUCCACUCAGGAAGCACAGCAGAGAGGUGGAGGCAACCCCAUCAGGAAAUACCUGCGGACCGUCUCGCAGAAGUUCAAGAGGCCGCGACUGCAGAGUCGAAACAGCACCCCCGUGUGUCUGGAAGCUGCGGUUCCCAACGAGGCCCAGACAGAGACCCCGGCAGCAGCCCCGGAUCCCGUGAGGCUGUCAUGGGUCCCGCAACAGGAGGUGCCAGUGUGGGACAUCAACAGCUGCCGCCUGCACGAUGGACAGAUCCUCAUUUCGCUGGACGAGGAGCCGAUGCUACGGAUCCGGAACCGGGCGAGCAGCUGUCUGUACAACCUCAGCCUGCAGAAUCUCGCAGACAGCCAUACGAACUUAGAAUGCAACCCAGACGUGGUGGCUCCCAGUGCCAAGGCAAAGGAUACCAGUGCUGUCAGAAAGCUGAUCUUUCGUCGUUUCAUGAAUGCAGCUCAGAGGAACAGCCGCACACAGUUAAAUUCCAUCGAACACAGUGCUGUGAGCAGGCUGCACGGCUCCCGGGAGUCCCUGUCCAUCCCCGUCAGCGGGGUGGAGAGCCUGGACCUGAGCUCAGACCAGACCACAGUCAUCCGGCCUGUGCACAGCUCCAUCCUGGGCGAGAAGUUCUGCUUUGAGGUGAUUAAUUCCGAGAACAACCACUGUUUCGGGUGCAGCUCCGCCGCGGAGAGGGACCGCUGGAUUGAGAACCUGAGGCGUUCUGCCCAGCCCAAUAAGGACAACUGCGAGCGCACGGAAAACUCCCUCAGCCUCUGGGUGAACGAGGCCAAGGACCUGCCCCCAAAAAGGCGCUAUUAUUGCGAGCUGCACCUGGACGGCGUCCUCUUUGCACGCACCAGCAGCCGUGCCAUCGGGAAAUCCUCGCAGCGCUCCAGCUUGGUGGCCGAAGUGGGCGUGGCAGCCUCAGCAGGGGGCCUGGGAGGGGGCGGGGCUGGCACCGGCCCGGGAGGCUGUCAGCUGUUCUGGGGAGAGCUUUUCGAACUGGACAACCUGCCGCCUGUGUCCCAGCUGACGCUGCACCUCUUCCGGGACGACGAGUCCAAAAAGAAGCGCCACUCGCGAGACGAGACCUCCAGCUUCCCGCUGGGCAGCGUCGCCAUCUCCCUGGCCAACAUCCGAGGACGGGCCUUUCACGAGGACUGGUACCGCAUCGUCCCCUAUAAAGCAGCGGGCUCUGGGGGCAUCAAGGACCAGCUGGGGCCGCAGGCCUCGCUCCGCGUUAAGAGCCGCUUCCAGAACCUGCGGGUGCUGCCCAUCGAACGCUACAAGGAGUUUGCCGAGUUUGUGACGAUGAACUACGAGGAGAUGUGCGUCGACCUAGAACCCCUGUUGUCCGUGCGGGAGAAGGAGGAGCUGGCCAGGGCGCUGGUGCAUGUGCUGCAGAGCAUCGGGAAGGCCAAGGAGUUCCUGAUCACCCUGGGGAGGGCGGAAGUGCAGCGCUGCGGGGAGAAGGAGGCGCUGAUCUUCAGGGAGAACACUCUGGCCACCAAGGCCAUCGACGAGUACAUGAAGCUGGUGGGGCAGAAGUACCUCAUCGACACUCUGGGAGACUUCAUCACGCGGCUGUACGGCUCCGCGGAGAGCUGCGAGGUGGACCCACGCAAGUGCACCGCCUCAGAGCUCCCUAGUAACCAGAAAAACCUGAGGGAGGCCUGUGAGGAUGUGGUGAAGAGAAUCACGGAGAUGCACGAAUCUUUCCCAGUGGAGCUGAAUGAAAUUUUCUCCAGCUGGGUGGAGGACUGCGAGGCACGCGGGCGGGUGGAGAUUGGCCAGCGCCUCAUCUCUGCCUCGCUCUUCCUGCGUUUCCUGUGCCCCGCCAUCCUCAGCCCCUCCCUCUUCGGCCUAAUGCAGCCCUACCCGGACCCGCCGACGCUGCGCGCCCUCACCCUCACUGCCAAGGUCAUACAGAACCUGGCCAACUUCACCUUGUUUGGAGAAAAGGAGGAGUAUAUGCUCUUCAUGAACGACUUCCUGCAGGAGCACUGGGAGGCCAUGCGGAGCUUCCUGCAGCGGGUGUCCGACCCAGACAGCGAGCUGGCCAUGGCGAGGUUCGACGGCUACGUGGACCUGCCCCUUCGCCUAGCCGUGCUUCACGGCCUGCUCAUUGACAUCAUCUCUCCCAUGAAGCAGGAAACGGUGGAGAAGCUGCUCCCUUUGCCCACCAUUCUGAACCAGAUCUCAGACUCGCUGGGCCCCAGCGCUCCCCACAUCACAAUCUGCAACUUAAGGUCGGAGCAGACCAAGCCAACCUACGUGCCUCCGCGGGACCUUCCAGAAUACAGCCCCUACCAGCACGACGGCAGGAACAGGGAGAGCCGAGCUGGGAAGCGGGUGACGAGGACCCAGAGUGUCCCAAACCGUGUCAAGCCACGUCUCUGGCACCCCCCAAAGCGGCAGACGAGCAGCGAGAACCUCCAGCUGCCAGCUGCCUGCAGUGAACCCGACAAAGGCAUGAACAUCACGAGCCCCAGCGUGAAGCCUCACCCAACUCGUGUGCCCUGGCAAGUCAUAGUCAAAGAGCCGCACCCGAUGAGCUCUGAGCCGGAGGAGUUUAGCGUCCUGAAGAAGCACGAGGAAGAACUGUCCGAGCUGCGGCUUGGCGUGGACCAAGUGACGGAGCGCGAGCUGGAGAUGGCCAAGCGACUGGAGGACUUCAUCGCCGAGAGCGAGGAACAGAAGGUGGAGCUGCAGAACACAAUCAAGCAGAUGCAGGACCUGCUCGCCAUGCAGGAGGAGCAGCUCGCCAGCACCACCUUCAGACUUGGAGUAAUAGAGGAAGAGAGGGAAGAGGAUGAGAGGAAGUUAACUGUCGCCAUGGCUGCAGCAGAGAGGAUGAACGUGCUGGAGGAGCAGUUUGCAGAGCUGCUCAAAGACAUGAACAAGCUCAGCAGUCAGAGGAACAUGCAGCAUCCAGAGUCAGUGGUCGAGCCCGAGAGCAACGGCAACUGAGCGGGACCACUGGGACAUGCGACCGUCAGCAGGGCGCCAUGGCAACACUGUGACUUUUACACGUGGUUCAAAGUCCUGUGCAGCUCAAAUAAUGAAUGCAGUGAAAUGUGAACAUUGUUAAAGGAAUACUGGAAAGCUUUUUCGUGCACCAGUACUUAAUUUGGUGGGGGUUCCGGUAAAAAAAAAAAAAAAAAAUCAGUAGGUGUCAGCUUGCACCUCCAGGGGUGGGGGGCUAAUCGCCACCUUUUACUAUGCUUAUUUGGAGCUCUGCAACAGACUGGCAUCCCAAUCCACGGACCCCCUGUGAACUGUACAGCACAGAUACUUAAUAGGCAGAUUCUGGCACACACCCGGACCCGGCAGCAAACCAGAACUGUUCUCCGCAGCCUAAUGGGAGCCAUUUAUACCCGGGUUCCCUGAUAGGCAGCUGGUCACCCCCCUAGCAAAUUUUAUCCUCAGCAGUUGGCCUUAGCUUUAACCCAUGGGGAAAAAUAAUAAUAAUAGUGACUAAAAAACAGGUGGUUGGUUUCAGUAUAAGUGCAUGAUUAUAUACCAAAAAAUACUGUUUUCCCUACUCAAUCUCCUUUCUGCAGUUUCUUUUCAAACAUUCAUUUCAGUUUUAUAUCAUAACUUAAUAAAACCUUAAAAAUGA